UUAAAAUAUUCAUUAUCGUAGGAUAAUGGCAUAUUUCAAAGAAAGGAUAAUGAAAAUAUUUAUCUAUGCAUUAUUUAAAGGUGAGUUACAUUGUCUCAUUAAAACAUAUUCAUGAACGUGUGGUUACUGUAUGUCACAACAUUACAGACGACGGCAAAACCAGUAAGUUCGGUGAACAUUCUGUGAAAUAUGCGGCUUAUGUUUUUGUCUACGCUUAAUUGGUAUAUAGGAUCGACGUACUCAAAAGAAAUUGAGCUACAACAAUGUACAACAUUGAACUUAAACAUUAAAGCCAGUGUGGAACUAAUUGAGGAAAAAGCGUAUCCAUUAUGGACUAACGACUAUGAAACAUAUGGUGCUGCGUUGUAUCACUGUUUUCCGAGAUGUGAAAAAGACGAGCGGUGCGUUGGGAUAGAGCUUUGUAGAAUACGACCUGGCAAUUCUCGAUGCAGAGGAUGCUGUGAAUGGUUUGUUAAUCCCCACGAAGGAGUGCCGGCUUUGAAAACAUCCGAAGUAUGCAGAUAUAUUGAGCUGGACAACAAAAAUUAUAUUGCCGAAAAUGGAUCUAAUGUGGCAUUGAACGCAUCCACAACAGCGAGCUCCAUAUACGUGUUCGAUUCUACACCUUUGUCACCCUCUAAAGCUGUAGAUGGUGUAACCAGUUGUCCGGGCCCGACGUAUAUUUUCAGUUCGACAUUUGAAGCUGAUCCAUGGCUGGAGAUAAAUCUUCAAAGAGUUAUAACGAUAUGGAGAAUAAUCGUUCACACAAGACAGGACUGUUGUGCGGGCCGUUCGGUAAAUUUUUAUAUCACGUACGGUGGUAACGGCCAGAACAACAGCUGUGGGUUUUUUCCUGGUCCGUUGCCAAACAGUGGAGACGUUGUGCUGUUUCAAUGUCCACCGAACGCUAGGGGAAGUUCUGUAAAUUUAAUGAUCCAAUCCAAGCCAGGAGAGACCAAUGUGUUAAGUGUCUGUGAAGUUGAAAUUCUUACAUUAUAAUGAAAUGAUGAAAUAUAAAAAUAAUAAAUCCAAUAAUUCAAAUAUUAAAGUAAAAUAUGAAUAUGAAUCCAGUUUGU